CUUGAAGACGCGCGACCGUAUCUGAGCAGAUAAUUCGCCCGCUGCAUUCGGGCGCAGGAAUAUGACCACCUCGCCGUCGAAACCGGAGUCUUCAGGCGGCAGCUAUGAUAACGAGAUCGAGGAGCUGAGAGGGGCUGGGUUGCUACUGCGCGCAGUGACUCUCACCUCGGAGUUGCUGCCGCUGCGGAAGAACAGCCAAAGGGCCCAGCCCAUGGCACAGACCAGCUCCACCAAGAUGCUGACCUACCUCCAGCCGAAGAUCGCGUGGCAGUGGUUCUGGAACGCCCCUGGUUGCUGGUGCUGGUACUGGCGCCUGUCUGCUUGGGCCUGGCCGGUUGGUUUUCGCGCCCUGCUCAUGUACAGCAUCGUCUACAAGUCCCGCGAAUGCGUUGUGGAGCAGUCGAAGGCAACCCUUGAGAAGGCGGAGGCUUGCAACGUGCCUGAGCAGGCCAUUGAGAAGAAGGCGUUCCACGAGGCCAAGGCAGCGCUGGAAGCCGAGCUGGAGCAGUCCAAGGCAGCGGAUGUUUCGCGCGCAAAAGAGCUGGAAGAAGAGAACGCUCAGCUGCGGGAGCAGCUGAGAGUUCUGGAACAGCGCCUGGCCGAGGCGGAGGCUCGUCUCAAGGGCGAUGACAUGAGGGAGCUAGACAGCACUCACUCGAGUGCCGUGGAGACUGAGGCGGGGGAGGUCGCAAAGCCCGACCAAGACAAGGCGUCGGUUCCCUCGCGAUUUGAGUUGAUGCAGGGCAGCCGUGGCCUUGCAGCCGCCAGCCAGCCGGCGCUGGCUGCGCUCGAGGCUGUUCCUUGCCUGGAAGGCGACCGGCAAGCAGACAGAGGAGUCAGAGCCAGCGCCGUUGCCCGCGCCGAUGGAGCCACAGGACCAGGAGAGCGUCCCGGACUCUGGCGAGGCGUCUCAGGAGAUGGAGAUCGUUGUGCCAGAAGGCACGGUUCAGCCAGAGCCGACUGCCACCCAGCCAGUGACUGCGGAGCCUGUGUAGCCUUCGAGCCAGAGGAGCAGAUGGUGAAGCUGAAGAUUGAGGUCCCGAAGGUCUUCGAGCACGCGCCGCCGGCUCUCAGGAGAAGGCGCGGCGGCCACUCAAGCCGCCGCCGCCGCCGCCGCCAGAAGACAGGUGACUCUUCUGGGCGCGCUGAGCCGGGCCGCGAACUGCGCUAAGCUUCAAGUCGUUCGGUUAAACUUUCGCCCAACUUCAGUCGCCGCGGCACAGUGCUGCUGUUAGUCAGAUUUUCGCACAUUUCUUGGCACGAGCCGAGAUCCUUGAAUGGCACGGCUUCCAUUGCGGG